AUGGCGGAUGACAGGGGCCUAGUGUUCGUGAAUUACGACAACCCGGUUGCACAGGCUGGCAAAAGAGAAUACCGGCGGAUUAUCAGCUCUCACAUUGGCAAGCACUACCGCAAAAGGUCCAAGCCUCUUCAAAAAUCUCAAGUUGAUCGAGCUAAACACCUGCAACAUCAAGGUGUGCAAGGUGCGCCGAACUCUCAUCGUGGUGCUUCACUGUCAACUAUCACUUUGAUACGAUAUAAAGGCAAUUGCGACCCCUUCGACUCUUACUGUGGUGUAGUCGAAAUCGACCCACAAAUCAACAAUAUCCUCGCCUUCUACCACGACUCCGCGACUGCAGGGAUGUCAGCUGUCUCCCUCCGCGGCUGGACUUUCUGGCAAAAUCCCACAGUGUCGACGCGGGACGCAUUGGAUGUCCUGCAUGAUCCGCACACGGCCCGCGGUUUCCUCGCACGCGCUGCGAGUAUGGCGUCACUCCUUAUGCCGGGGCUACGCAGCCGCGCUUUGGCCCUAUUAGGCGACACUCUGAGAUCGUUGAAGCAUGACUUAGACGUCAACGCUGGCCACGGCCAUGUAGUCGGACCGAGAACUCAGAGUCGACCAAUGGCGGUAUAUCGACAAAUCAUGGUGCUGUUUAGCUGUGCAACGCUUAUUGGUGACUGGGGCGCUGCAAACGCUCAUGGAGUCAAGCUCCGGUCCAUCGUCCAGGGUCAAAGACAAGUUGGGACAGUUGACUUUGACAUGCUUCGUUACGUACUCUUUAUGGACGCGCAAUAUGCAGCAAUUUUUCUUGUGCAGCCUCUGUUCGAUGCUGAGCUCUGGUAUCUCGAAGAGUCUGAGAGGGGCUCCUUCAGUCCCCUGCCACUACCAAGGAUUUCGGACAGGCCGGAUGGGCUUGAGGCCAAGGGUGAUUGGUCGCGGAAUGCCAGCUUGCUUGGGCUGAUCGAUGCAGAGUCAUCUUUGCACGAUAUCCUUCUGGUCACACGAUCAGUGUUACGCAGAUGGGAGCAAUUCUGCCUUGGUCAUAUGUCAGCUAAACCUUCCGAGAGGGAGUAUUUGUGGCUGUCUAUAGAGUAUUAA